CCGCCCAACAGCUGGCAGGCAGGCAGGCAGCGCCGGUGCCCGGCCGGGAGGGCAGCGAAGGGAGCCGAGGCUUCCCGGGCGCAGCGUCGGCGAGCCCUGCCUGCCCCUGGGCGAUGCUCCGGCUGCCGGGCGCGCUGUGCUGGCUGGGCGGCUGGGCAGCGGCGCUCCUGCUGGGCUGGCCGGCCGAGGUCGGGGCCGCCUCCGCCAGCCCGCAGCUGCCGCCCUGCCGGGAGACCGACUACCACUUCGAGUACACCGAGUGUGACAGCAGCGAGUCCAGAUGGAGGGUGGCCAUCCCGAAUCCGGGCGCCGAAUGUUCUGGCUUGCCUGACCCGGUCAAAGGAAAAGAAUGCAGUAGGUCUUUCUCUGAUUCAAACAUGAAGGUUCCUAAUCCAUCAGAAAAAAAGAACGGAGCUUUUUAA